AUGUCCCAGAGAUAUAGUUCCAGCAAACAUUACUCUUCCUCCCAUAGUGGAGGAGGAGGAGGAGGAGGAAGUUCAUCUAUCAGAAUCUCAAGCAGUAGAGGCUCUAGCUAUGGGGUUAGCUCUCUUGGUGGAGGAUUUAGCUCAGGUGGGGGCUCUAGCUAUGGCAGCUGCUCAAGAGGUGGGGGCUUCGGCAGUGGAUCAGUAAGGGGCUUUGGAGGAGGCUUUGGUGGCGGCAGCUAUGUUGGGAGUAGCUUUGAUGGUGGUAGCUUCGGUGGAGGAAGCUUUGCUGGUCUUUGGGGGAGGUUUGGUGGAGGCGAUGGAGGCCUCCUCACAGGCAAUGAGAAGGUCACCAUGCAGAACCUCAAUGACCGCCUGGCCUCCUACCUGCACAAAGUGCAAGCUCUAGAAGAGUCUAACUCUGAGCUAGAGCAAAAAAUCAAAGAGUGGUAUGAGAAAAAUGGCAAUGCAAAUCAGCGAGAACCUCGUGACUACUCUCAUUACUAUGACCAAAUCAAAGAACUGAAGGAUCAGAUCCUGAAUCUAAGCACUGACAAUGCUAAUGUGUUACUGCAAAUUGAUAAUGCCAGGCUGGCUGCUGAUGACUUCAGACUGAAGUAUGAAAAUGAAGUGACCCUGCGUCAAAGUGUGGAGGCUGACAUUAAUGGUCUGCGCAGAGUCCUGGAUGAACUGACCUUGGCCAAGACUGACCUAGAGAUGCAGGUUGAAAGCCUGAAUGAAGAGCUGACCUUCCUGAAGAAGAACCACGAGGAGGAAAUGAAAGAUCUUCAGAACGUGUCCACUGGUUAUGUGAAUGUGGAAAUGAAUGCUGCCCCAGGAGUGGAUCUGACCGAAUAUCUGAACUGCAUGAGAACCAAGUAUGAGAUGAUGGCUGAACAAAAUCGCAAAGAUUCUGAAGCCUGGUUCAAUGAAAAGAGCAAGGAGGUGACCAGAGAGAUUGAUACCAACGUUGAACAAAUGUCCAGCCACAAAUCCGAGAUCACCGAAUUGAAACGCAACGUUCAAGCUCUGGAGAUUGAACUGCGGUCACAACUGGCCCUGAAACAAUCCCUGGAAGCAACUUUCGCAGACACAGAAGGUCGUUACUGCAUUCAGCUGUCACAAAUCCAGGCCCAGAUCACUGCUCUGGAAGAGCAGUUACAGCAGAUCAGGGCUGAAACAGAAUGCCAGAAUUCAGAAUUCCAGGUGCUCCUUGACAUUAAGAUCCGCCUGGAGAAUGAAAUUCAGACCUACCGCAGCCUGCUAGAAGGAGGAGGUUCAUCUGGAGGUGGUGGCUAUGGAGGAAGCUCUGGUGGCGUGGGAUAUGGUAGAAGAUCCAGUGGUGUCCAAGAGGGUAGUAGCUCCAGUGAUGAGUAUGGAGGGAGCUCUGGCAGUGGAGAAUUCAAAAGUUCUGGCUCUAGAGGAGGUUCAAGUGGAGGACAAGGAGGAAGCACUGGAUCUGGUGGAGAAUCUCCAUCUAAAAGCAACUCCGGAGCAAGGUCAGCAGAAACUAACUGGGAUUCUAAUAGAAGCCAUUUGAUCAAGACUGUCAUUGAGGAGGUAGCCCCUAAUGGAAGAGUCAUUUCAUCCAGAGUGCAAUCAGAGACCAAGAAGCACUUCUAUUAA